UCCUCUCUUUCUGUUUCUCCUCCAGCUCUGGGAUUGUACACAGUAAAUGCAGUAUAUGGAGAUACUAUUACUAUGCCUUGUCGUCUAGAAGUACCAGAUGGUCUUAUGUUUGGAAAAUGGAAAUAUGAAAUGCCAAAUGGAUCUCCAGUAUUUAUUGCCUUCAGAUCAUCAACAAAAAAAAAUGUACAGUAUGAUGAUGUACCAGACUACAGAGACAGGUUGAGUCUCUCAGAAAACUAUACAUUAUCCAUCAAGAAUGCAAGAAUCAGUGAUGAGAAGAGAUUUGUAUGUAUGCUAGUUACAGAAGAUGAUGUUUCCGAAGAGCCAACGAUAGUUAAAGUCUUCAAACAACCUUCUCAACCAGAAAUCUUACAUCAAGCAGACUUCUUGGAAACAGAGAAGCUACAAAUGCUCGGGGAGUGCGUCGCACGAGAUAGUUAUCCCGAAGGCAAUGUUACGUGGUACAAAAAUGGGAGAGUUUUGCAGCCCGUGGAAGAAGUUGUGGUCAUAAAUUUGCAAAAGAUUGUGGACAGAUCAACUGGACUCUUCACCAUGACAUCAUCUCUUCAGUACAUGCCAACAAAGGAAGAUGCAAAUGCCAGGUUUUCUUGCAUUGUGACAUAUUAUGGACCAUCUGGCCAGAAAACAAUAGAGUCUGAACCAGUUGUCUUCGAUGUUCACUAUCCAACAGAGAAGGUGACUAUUCAAGUGCUGUCACAUAGUGGUACCAUUAAAGAAGGCGAUAACAUCACUCUGAAGUGCUCAGGAAAUGGCAACCCUCCUCCGCAGGAGUUUCUGUUUUACAUUCCAGGAGAAGCAGAAGGUAUAAGAAGCUCAGAUACUUACAUAAUGACAGAUGUGAGACGAAAUGCAACAGGAGAAUACAAGUGCUCUCUGACUGACAAAAGCAUGAUGGACUCAACCACCAUCACUGUGCACU